ACUGAAAAGAUAGAUGAAUACACUUUGGCCAAGAUUUAUGAAGAAAGAUUAUUUAUUUGCAAUAUUUUAUAAGAAAAACACUUAUUUUUCAAAAUUUUGGGACUUUUUUCAUUUAUAUAGCAACAAAAUAAAAAUCCCAGUGGUGAAUAAAUACCACCAAAAAUAAAGUUUUAUCUGUCUCAAAAAUAUGCUAAAAAAUUCAUAUGGGUACAGUGUUGCAUGACCGCGCAAUUAUGAACCUAGGGUCAAAGUGUGAUAGCACUGACAAUUGGCCUGCACUGGAAGGGGGUGAAAGUGUCUGGACUUGAAGUGGUUAA